AGUUCGAAGAGCGCAUCGAGAAGAUUCGCAAAAACAAAACCGUCUGAGUACAUUUUCUGGGGAAAUCCACCCUUUGUGCUGGAAAUUCAGUGAAAUUAUUCUGAGAGUGUGAAGGCAAAGCAUCACCAUGGUGGACUACAGCAAGUGGAAGAACAUUGAGAUUUCCGAUGAUGAGGAUGACACUCAUCCCAACAUCGAUACGCCCUCGCUGUUCCGGUGGCGACACAGAGCCCGCGUUGAGCGCAUGGAGGAGGCGCAGAAGGAGAAGGAAGAGUUCGAGGCCAAGAAGAAGGAGACGGAGCAGAAGCUGAAGGAGCUGCAGACAAAGGUGUCGCAGGAGCCGGAAGCGAGUGAUGCGAAGAAGGAGCUAGAGAAGCUGGAGAAGGCGAAGAAGGAGCUGCAGGAGAAGGAGGAGGAGAUGGUGAAGAAGGAGCGACAGACGCCAUGGAAUGUGGACACAAUCAGCAAGCCGGGCUUCGCAAAGACCGUUAUCAACACAAAGCCAGCACGUCCCAAGGAUGAGGAGUUGACUGAAGAGGAGCGCGAGCAGAGAAUGAAGGACUUUGUGAAGGAGAACGAGAAGUUGCUGAAGAAGUUCGGAAUGUUGCGCAAGUUUGACGAUUCGAAGCAAUUUCUGGCUCAACAUCAUGAACUCGUGUGCGAGAAUACGGCCAACUACCUCGUGAUUUGGUGCAUCAACCUGGAGAUGGAGGAGAAGAAGGAGCUGAUGGCCCACGUGGCGCAUCAGUGCAUCUGCAUGCAGUACAUCUUGGAGCUGUCGAAGCAACUGGACGUGGAUCCGCGCGCUUGCGUGAGCAUGUUCUUUUCCCGCAUCCAAGUCGCCGACGUGGAGUACAAGAGUCAGUUUGAGGAUGAGGUGGAGUCCUUCAAGCAGCGCAUUCGCAAGCGGGCGGCUGAGAAGAUUGCCGCUGCGGCUGCCGAAGCGGAGGAAGAGGAGCGACUGGCGCGCCUCGGACCCGGCGGAUUGGAUCCCGAGGAGGUUAUCAAUUCUCUGCCAGAGGAGCUGCAAAAGUGCUUUGAAUCGCGCGACGUGAAGCUGCUGCAGGACACAAUCGCCAAGAUGAAUCCCGAGGAGGCCAAGUAUCACAUGAAGCGGUGCAUAGACUCGGGCUUGUGGGUGCCGGAUGCCAACAAGGGGGACGCUGAAGAUGAAGAGGAAGGUGAGGAAAUUUAUCAAGAAGCCUCGUCGGAACUCCCCAAAACCACAACAUCCACUGAUGAUGUCGAUUAAUCCCAACUUUUCCAACAUAAUUGCUAUGCUUACAACGCUACCGAACACCUUUACUAACAUUUCGGCUCUGAAAUAACUUCUAAUUUUAAAGUUUAUUAUUGAUUACGAGUAGAUAUUCAUACAAUAAAGGAGGCAAAUUGAUUUUGA